GUAUUUGUGCCGUAUUUUUGAUGGACGUGCGUUCCUGCGCAUUUCAUAAAAGGUAACAGCUCGGAGCGGCCCAAUGGAGAAAUACGAAAAACUGGCCAAAAUCGGCGAGGGAUCCUAUGGUGUGGUGUUCAAAUGCAGACACAGAGAUACGGGCCAGGUCGUCGCCAUCAAGAAGUUUGUGGAGUCUGAGGAUGACCCAGUCAUCAAGAAGAUUGCAUUGAGAGAAAUACGAAUGCUGAAGCAGCUGAAACAUGUGAAUCUGGUCAACCUGCUGGAGGUCUUCAGGAGGAAAAGACGACUCCACCUGGUGUUCGAGUUCUGUGAGCAGACGGUCCUGAACGAGCUGGACAAACACCCUCGAGGGGUACCCGAGGCGCAGCUGAAAAGUAUAGUGUGCCAGACGCUGCAGGCUGUGAACUUCUGCCACAAGCACAAUUGUAUCCACCGGGACGUCAAGCCGGAGAACAUCCUCCUCACAAAGACCGGAGUCAUCAAGCUGUGCGACUUCGGCUUCGCCCGCAUCUUGACGGGACCAGAGGACGACUACACGGACUACGUGGCGACUCGCUGGUACCGGGCCCCCGAGCUGCUGGUCGGGGACACGCAGUACGGCCCUCCGGUGGACGUCUGGGCUCUGGGCUGCGUCUUCGCCGAGCUGCUCCACGGGAAUCCGCUCUGGCCCGGGAAGUCUGACGUCGACCAGCUCUACCUCAUCCGGAAAAGCCUGGGCGACCUGAUUCCUCAUCACCAGCAAGUCUUUCGCUCCAACAUUUUCUUCAGCGGAGUCAGUAUUCCUGAACCUGACACAAUGGAGCCCUUGGAAAAGCGCUUCCAUGGAGUUUCUCCUCUUGCCCUCCAAGUUAUGAAGUCCUGCCUGGUGAUGGACCCCUCGCUCCGGCUGUCCUGUGAGGAACUCCUGGAGCUGCCGUACUUCCAGGAGGAAGGAGGCGCCAACUGGGGCCGGGAGAGCGAGCGCCCAGGAAGACGGCACGACCGGGGCUCCAGACGCAGGCAGCCAGGGGCUCAGUACCUGCCUCACUUACCAAACAGCAACAUCUCUCCAGCACCAGAUGUCAAGAAGCAAGUGAAGCACAAAUACCACCUGCCCAACAUUUAGCAAACCGAAGCCUCCGCCUGUGUAUUCAUGGAUGAAAACGGUGGCAGACGGGCCUGUGACUGGAUUUGUCCAUUCAGUUCAUUACAGUCCAUUGUGAAGAUACAUUUAUUCCUGUUGCACUGAAUUGAAAGCAUUUAAAAACUUGGAUCACCUUCACUUUCACAGAAGUUAUCACUCAAACAAUAGAACUUUUACAGCUGUGGAAAGAGCAGCGCCUCAGUGCUGAAGAGAGUGAAUGCAACGGUCGCUUCCUGCAUUUCAACUCCUCUUUAAGAUAAGAAGAAUAUAGUCAUCUGUGUGCCAUCAACACGUGAACGAUAGUUUGCUCCUGUUGUGGCACAUCCGAUGGUAAGGAAUGACCAUGAAGAUUCAUAUUAUUUAUUUAAAAAAAUGUACUCCAGGACCAGCCUUUUCUAAUGCAUUAUGCAGUAACAUAUUUCCCAACCAUCAGAUCAUGAACAUGUAUGAACGUGGGUGGAAAACAUGAAGAAACAUUAUGUACUCAGUUGAUGUGCUAGAAACAGAGAAUGUACAGAUUUCAGUGAAUUUGACGUCUGGUCUGGAACAUCUUCCAAACUACAAACCUUGUGCGCUGUUCCCGGGCUGCAGUGGUCAACAUCUGUCAAAGGUGGUGCCAGGAAGGUAGCAGCAGACUGGCAACAGUGGUGAGCGGAGGGCGGCCCGAUUCAACAGACGAGGUGUAGAUUUUGCUGAAGUUAUUGCAGGUUCUGAUUAAAAGCUAUCAGAAUGCACAGUACGUCCCAGUUUGCACCGAAUGAGAGCAGGAAAAGUAGAGAAAUGAGGGACCCUGCGGACGAUGUCGCAGGACACGUCCCACCACAAAGCAAAGGAAAAUUGAUGUGUUGACCAUCUUGAAAUACAGAUGACAUGUUUCACUCGACAUGUGACUUCCCGGCUCGCCCUUGUUGAGGUGUAAAACACCUGCAGGGGCAGCUGAUCCUCUCGGUAAUUUGAUGGACUCUUAACGUCCAGUUUCCACAUAGAUCUUCAGAGUCUGACAGAGACAUUCACUCUGCAGCUGUGAGAGACGACAGUGAUCCACAGGAAGAGGCAUCACCACGCUGGCAGUCUGACAAGCAGCCUGACCGAUCACCCGACCUCCGGCCGAUCAGGUUACAGACGUAAUUCCUUUGUUUAUAGUUCCUUGUGUCCGGAGCUGCAAGCCUGCAGGGUU